AUGCAAACUCAAGAAAGAUCGAAUAAAUUUGAGAAAGUAAACAAGUUUAAUAAAAGUGUUUUAGACAAAAUUUCUGCAUAUAAAACAUAUGAAGAAUUUAACAAUAACAAAGACUGUUAUAAAUACUGCCAUCACUGUAAAAGUAUUUAUAAUUUUGAAGAAAGCUACCCAGGUAUUAGUGAUUUUUGUAGAAUGUUAGUAAGAAAUUUGCACGAAAUAAAAUAUAGUAAAGAUAGUAAAGGUCGUUGUGGAUAUUUAUACUAUUGGAUAUAUGAGAAUGCAUGGAAAUUGUUUGGUCCAGAUUGGAAUAAAAUACAUGGAAAAGAGCCUAUUGUUUCGCUUUUUAAUGUAGGGUAUAAUGUUAUCAAUGAAUUAAAAAUUAAUGAAUGUUUUUAUAACUAUGAUACUAAAAUUAGUUUCGAAGAAUGGACAGAAAAAAAAGACUUGCAUGAUUAUUUUGAAAAUUAUGAUAGCAUAGAAAAUAUUAUUGAAUCUUUUAAGAAGGAAGGAAAUAAUAAAUAUUGUGAAUACUUUACUUACAUUAAAAAAAUGUAUAAGAAAUAUAUAAGGAAAUGCUGUAGAUAUUAUGACCAUUACAAUUAUGAGAAUAAAUGUUCUGAUUAUUUUAAAUGUGAUAGAAUAUAUUAUCCGAAUGAAUUCUUAUGUAAAUUAAGAUGUUCCAGUACAGAAUCAGUUGAUAGCUCAAGUAAAAUAGUUAAAAAUAGAGUCAGUGAGGAACAAAAGGGUAGUGGGCACCUUAAUUCAGAAAUGAACACAAAUUCGUUGGGUAGAGCAGGAUUACUGGAGACCCAAGAAUCUAUUAUUAAUGAAUUAAUGAAAGAUCCUUUUUACAUUUUCUCAUUAGGCGGUUUUACACUUUUGGGUAUUUUCAUGUUUUUUUUCUUAUUUUAUAAGUUUACUCCUAUAGGAUCCCGAUUAAAUAAAAGUUCACGAAGGAAAAAAGAAAAGGAAUACAAUGUGAAAAAAGAACAAAGAAAAGAAAUUGUAUAUAGUAAUUCAGAAAAUCGAAAUAUAAAUGUUCCCAAGGGGAGAGUGCGAAUAGCUUAUCAGUCAUCUUGAGC